AUGACUUCGACUUCCACCACUUCCACCAGUUCGACAUCCAGCAGCACCACCUCGACCAGUAGCACUACGAGUACUAGCUCUACCACCAGCACAAGGUUGAACGAUGUGAUCCUGCCAUCAACGGUUGACACCGAGUCUGCCCAGGGUGCAGUGGUUGCAGCUGCCUUGCAAAGUGCGGUGGCGGCUUUGGAGUUCGUCGGGCAGGAUAGUGUGGUGGUAGAGACGGCCACCGGAAACGUUACUGUGGUGAAACUGGCACGGAGCAACAACGUGGAUCCAUCCGCUCCUUUCGUCUUCCAGUUUGCUGACGGUGGUGGCCAAACCAGUGGAGAUGCUGCUGUCGUGGUCUCAGUGCCGCUGUCAUUGGUGAGCCAACUUGAGUCGGAGGGCAAUGUCAUCCUGACGAUGGCACAGAUGGACCAGGAGUUGACAGACUCCAUUCCCAAGAGCUCGGCCGGAGAUGGCAAGGUGGUCAUCAAUGGUCCAGUCAUCGAGAUUUCUCUCAUCAAGGAGAAUCUGGGGCAAGUGGAAAUCGCCAAUGUGUCUGGUUUGGCCGAGCCAAUGAUUUUUCGACUGCAGAGCGCGUCUCCUGUUCAGGGAGACUAUUGUACCUCCUUCGACUUGGCGACCAAUUCUUGGUCUUCAAGUGGAAUGUCGUUGGUGGAUGCCAGCACUGUUGCGCAGCAGUUGCCUGGCAUGCCAACGAACGGAACUUGGUGCAUGACGACCCACCUCAGCAUCUUCUCGCUGGCUCAAGAUGUUUUAUUCAACGAGACCUUCGAGGCGAAGGACAUUGUCCUCAGCGUCACAAGAUAUCCUUUAUCUAUCGGGAUCGUGGCAGCAACCUUUGUGCUGGUGUGCUGCAUGUUUGGCCUUUGGUCCCUGCGUCGUCUACGAACUCCAGCAGGAGGAAAGACCAAGAUUCAGGACGACGACUGGAACUGA